GAUAAAAUUUUUGUUCUUCUAACAUUUAUUGCAAGGAAUAAAAUUUAUUAGUUAAGUUGUGAAUAUGUUUUUCAUAUCGAAAACUCAAGAUAUCUCGUACACAAACUAUCCCCAGAACUCAAAAUAUCCCUCUUUAACGACAUGUUCGCCAACAUUCAAGACCUAACAACCAAAUUUUAAGAUUGGAACUGAACGCAGCAUAAAAGUUAAUUUCUUAGAGUGAGAAACUUCACAAUCGCAUUUCUUAGUAUCAAAUUGAAUAUUAUAGUUGAUUACAGUGAUGUUAUACAUAGAAUACCAUUAUUGAUUAUAUUAUAGGAAUAAUAUAAUUUUAAGGAUUAUAUUUUUAAAAUAUGGCAGAUCGUUUAACACAAUUGCAAGAUACUAUAAACCAGGCAGAACAUUUUUGUAACAGUGUAGGUAUUUUACAACAAUAUUCAACACCUAGUAAAUUUCCCGGUUUUGAUCGUGUUGGAACACCUCAACCGCAUCAACCUCAAGAAGAUUAUGCAGCCUUGUUUGCAACGCUUAUAGCAAGGUGUGCAAAAGAUAUUGAUACCUUGAUAGAAAGUUUACCGAGUGAAGAGUCAUCACAAGAACUACAAGUUGCAAGUCUUAACCGUCUUGAACAAGAAAAUCAAGAAGCUGGCGAACAACUAGAGGAAGUUGUAAAACAAGGAGAAGCACUUUUGCAAAGGAUUCAAGCUGCUCUGCAAGAUAUUGCUCAAAGUCAAUUAGAUAUGCAAGAUCCAGCAUCUACGUCUAUAAUUAAUAUUAAUCUUAACACUAACCCAACUUUUAAACAAGAAAAUGUAAGCUCUGUAAAUACUGUAUCUUCGAAUAGCACACAUCAAUUGUCAGAUCCUUCACCUAAUUCUGUAAAUCAAUGAUAUAUUUGUACUAUAAUUUGAUUUUUUAACAAAUUUAUAAAGGAAAUAAAUUUUUCUAAUAGUGUAAA